AUGCGUGGCCACAAGCAAGGCCCCAGCCCUGGCUCGCCCCCCGGCGUCAUCAAGAAGAUAUAUUUUCAGGAGCUGACGUUUGGUGACGCGCCCUUCAGGGUGGAAGGCAUCACCGUCAAGGAGGAGAAGGAUGAGAUUGAUAUGGAGGUGGACGUGAGGUGGAGCGGGGACGCCAACAUCGCCUUGGGCAUAGAGCUGCCCGUCGGAGGAGACCUGACGCGGCUCAACCCCAAGGUGACGGACAUUGUGUUUGUCGCGACCAUCAAGAUCAUCCUCAAGCCGCUCGUCAGAGCGAUCCCCGGCUUUGCCGCCGUGGCGGUGGCCCUGCGCAGCCCGCCCAUCAUCAACUACCGCCUCAACUUCGGGUCGGUGCCCGGCGGCAGCACCAUCACGUCGCCCAUCACUGGGGCCGUGAACUUCAUCGUGAAGGAGGGGCUGGUCAGCAUGCUGCUGUGGCCCAAGAGGUUCACGAUCCCCCUCCUGUCGUCCAACGGCUUCCUGCCGCUGAACGACCCGGCCAUAGACCUGGAGGUGGAGCGCCUGAUGGGGCGCGUGAGGGGGGUGGUGCGCGUCAACGUGAUACGCGCCAAGGGCCUAAAGAGCUACGACACGCUGACCGGCAAGAGCGACCCCCUUGUCGAGGUGUACACGACCCCCAACUUCAAGUACGAGACGCGGCACAUCAACAACAGCCUGGAGCCGGUGUGGAACGAGACCUUCUACCUUCCGGUGCUGGAGAAGGACCAG